GACUUUCAAGGCUAUUCACUGGGAAAGCUCCGUCUGAUCAUCGGAAUAGCCUCGGAUCGGUACCAUUAGCAUCGAUAGAGUCACCACUAAACCAAGGAACCACCUUGUCCGCGAUCCAAUGGCACAACACGGCAUCCUACGCAGAUGCACGUAAAGCGGGUACUCAAUGGCCACAUGAGUGCCCAUUCUUCGGUUGAACGACGGAUCACUCGGGUCAUGUACAUGCGAGCUCACUAUCCUGGGGAAGUCGUCAUGGCGUUGAGGGGUUGGCCAUCGUGCUAUUAAAGAGCUGCCUUGUCCUCGUUUCACAAGAUGUGACUCUCCUUCACUCCUCUUCAGUCAAUUGACUUCUCAUUAUCAACAUGGCCUCUGUUGAUAUCCAGUCCAUCCUCUCUUCUCUCACUCUUGAGGAGAAGAUCUCACUCCUCGCUGGAAAGGACCUUUGGGAGACAGUCCCCAUUUCCCCCAAGGGCGUACCUAAUGUCAAAGUCUCAGAUGGUCCCAACGGCGCUCGAGGAGCUGCCUUUGCUGGCGGUACAUCAGCUGCUUGCUUCCCUGCCGCUUGUUUGAUGGCAUCAACCUUCGAUGUCAAUCUUGCCAAGAGGAUCGGCACUGCCCUCGCCGAGGAAACACACUCCAAGGGCGCCCGGUGUCUUCUCGCACCUACCAUGUGCCUUCAUCGUCAUCCCCUAGGCGGUCGCAACUUUGAGUCGUUCUCAGAGGAUCCUUUCCUGACUGGCAAGAUGGCCGCCAGAGUUGUGGAGGGUCUCCAGGACAAGGGUGUUUCGGCUACUAUCAAGCACUUUGCUGCUAACGAGCAGGAGACAGAGCGCUUGACUGUCGAUGAAACCAUCAGCGAGAGGACCUUGCGAGAGCUUUACCUCCGACCAUUUGAGAUUACAAUCAAGGAGGCCAAUCCCUGGGCUGUGAUGACUUCUUAUAACCAGGUCAAUGGACACCAUGCCGACUCCAACGAGUUCCUGCUAAAGAAAGUCCUCCGAGGCGACUGGGGAUGGGAUGGUCUCGUUAUGAGCGACUGGGGUGGUGUCAACUCUACAGCUGAGUCCCUCGAAGCUGGUCUCGAUCUCGAGAUGCCUGGUCCUACCCGUUGGAGGAAGACCGAGGAUGUCAUCACAGCUAUCAAGGCUGGCAAGACUUCUGAGGAGACCAUCGACGAGCGUGCAAAGCGUGUGCUCAAGUUCCUCGAGCGUCUCAACUGCUUCAAGGACCCUAGCAUUCCUGACGAGAAGGCUAUCAACAACCCCAAGCACCAGGCUCUUAUCCGAGAAGCUGGAUCCAAGGGUAUCGUUCUGCUGAAGAACCAAGACAAUGUUCUUCCUUUGUCGAAAGACAAGGUCAAGGGCAAGAAGAUUGCCCUGCUAGGCCACGCCAAGAUUGGUCUCGCUCAUGGUGGCGGCAGUGCAUCUGUCAACGCUCACUACAAGGUUACCCCUUGGGAUGCUCUUCACGAAGCUCUCGGUGACAGUGCAGAGUUCUCGUAUGCUAAGGGAGCUCACACAUUCCGAAUGCUUCCCCCUAUCGCCGAGAACGUUGUCGACUUGGACGGCAACCCCGGUUUUACUUUCAAGAUCUUCGAACCUGGCAACCCUGAGCCUAUUGAAGUUAAGCCUGCUCAUCCCGACUCUGAAGUUUCCGUUUUAAGCAGCUUUGGUUUUAGCAACAAGGAUGUCACCCUCGAGGGUACCUUCACAGCCCAGGAGACCGCCAAGUACUACUUUACCGCCUCUGGUCUGGGACCGAGUAAGCUUAUCAUCGACGGCAAGGUCGUCUUCGAGCAGAAGGAGAACUCCAAGGAUGCAAUGGGUUUCCUGUUCGGCGGUGAUAACCCUCCCGAGUUCAAGGUCUCCUUGGAGGCGGGACGCAAGUACAAGCUCGCUAUGCACACUUCACCCCCUGCUGCCAAGGACGGAGAGGAUCUUGAUCUUGGUAUCUUGGAGGGACGAGUUGGUCUGCGAGUAGGAUAUAUGUCCGAGGCGGAGCAUGACUAUGACCUCCUCUCGGAAGCUAUCGACGUCGCCAAGGACGCCGACUAUGCCAUUGUCUUCACUGGUCACGAGCCAUUCUGGGAGACUGAGGGCCAGGACCAAGUCAGCUUUAACUUGCCCAAGGACGGUAGCCAGGACCGCCUGAUUGCCAAGGUUGCUGAGGUCAAUCCCAACACCAUUGUCGUCAACUCGACUGGUGUCGCCAUUGCUAUGCCCUGGUUGGAAAAGAUCCAGGGUCUUGUCCAGACGUGGUUCCCUGGUCAGGAGGCUGGCAACUCCAUCGCAGAUGUGCUGACAGGUGCCCAAACCCCUGAAGGCCACCUUACCUGCACAUUCCCCAAGAAGAUCGAGGACUGCCCUGCGUAUGGCAACUUCCCCGGAAAGCACGUUGAUGGCAGACUGAGGGUGACGUACGGCGAGGGUGUCUUUAUCGGCUACCGCUACUUCGAUUGCCUUUCCGCCGACAAGGUCAACUUCCCCUUCGGUUUCGGUCUCUCUUACACCACGUUCGACUACUCCGACCUGGAGGUUAAGGAGUCUAGCGGUGACUACAGUGUCAGCGUGAAGGUUUCCAACACGGGCAAGGUCGUCGGCGCCAUCGCUGUGCAAGUCUACGUGGGAGCUGCUCAGACUGCUAAGGGCGAUCCUCUGAAGCAACUGGCUGCCUUUGAGAAGGUAACACUUAAGCCUGGUGAGAGCACAAAGGUUGACAUACCUGUCCGUACUCGUGACUUUGCUUUCUUUGAUGAGUCGGCGAAGAAGUGGGUGGUUAAGGGUGGUGAUUACAAGUUCAUGAUUGGAAGAUCUGCCGGUGAUAUUGCUUUGGAGUCAAAGAUUGCUGUUGAGGAGAUGUCAUUCGACCCAUGAUUACAGAUAUUUAAAAGCAUGUGUAGCGUUAUCAAAUCGAAUCCAUUUAAUCAUAAAUCAAUCACCGAAUGCUGCCCGGCUACCUAUUCACCACCAAGUUCUCUGAAGUGUGUUGUAAGUGAGCUAUCUGUGUGUGCUUACCCUAAAGGGCAAUUUGUUUGAUAAAUUUACAC